AUGCCUGUAGGACUCUUCACAGAAUUUUCAGGCUUCGAUGCCGUCGUCAUGAAACGAAUCCUCCGUAGAGCGUUACAGAUAGUUUCAAGGCUUGCAAAAUGUACACACGGCACGAUUCGACUCCCAUCGAGGCUGCCGACGCAUGGAUGGGGCGUUGAAUGUAAAGAGCGGCUGUGCCAAGCGGGACUCAGAGUCGGCCACGUCUUGGAGUCGGAAGGACAGACGUCCGAGACUUCCUCCUUCGAUCGAUACACCCUGGCCCAUCCGGCCCAUCAGACGCUCAGCCAUUGGCGGAUGCAGUCUUGCGCCCCGCCUCGCCCACUCCGGGCGCCCGACGCCCGCUCUGAUUGGUCCGCUCCAACUUCGCAAGGCUCUACUCCCACUGUCACGGUUCAAUGCUUGCGGCCCGGCCCGGUCUGGCCCGAAAUCGGCAUUUCGACUGGCCGAGUCAGACUCGCCUCCGCGAAAGUGUCCACCAGCCUGUGCCGCUUCGGCGGUCUCUUUCUCUCUGGGCACCAGCGCACAAUGGCCCCUUUCUCGGGGUCACACUUGCACCCUCCGUCGCGGUCCACCCCCAGCUUCGUCGCCGUCGUUACAACCUCAGCCCCAAGACCGACCUGCGUACUCCCAUGUCCACCCAUUCGCCCCUCGGAUGGUCGGUACCAGCAAUUUCAGUCAGUGUCAUGUGUGUGUGUGUAUGUGUUUGUCUGUAUGCUUGCACCUGAGCACACAGACAGUCGACAAAAGAGUGUGCUUGUCGGCAACGGGGCCCUCGCAAAUGGCAUCAACAGUCGCGCCGAACGUCAUGAGACCCCACUCUCACCCACCCACCCACCUACCAACCUCUACGCGUCUGUGGGUCGCUUUGUACCCGGUCACGAGUGUAGAAUUGCCCGUUGGUUGGUCCAAAUUCGCGCAGCCGCACACGCGUCUCCUGCCCGUCUCCGAGCGCCCGACCACCCGACCACACCAACCUCUUCCGGGCCUCGGUACCGGAGAGCCGGAAGCCGAGUGGAAUGA